GCAAGAUCGUUCGUGUGUGCGCACGCAAACACAGGCCCGUCAGUCAUCCGUCAAGCGGCCGAACGAGAGGAGGCGGCCCCGGUUUGCGUCGAUCGGCCAGUCAAAGUAAACAAAGACGCUCACAUUGCGUUCGUCCACUGGCGAUGGCGAUGAGUUCCUACAGCACGGUGGACAUGCUGCUCGCGGUGCUGGUGCUGCUGCUCCUUACCCCCGUCCUGCAGUGGCUAAUCCGGCGUGUACAGAUGAGCCAGAUUUACGACAAGAUACCCGGCCCGAAAGCGUACCCGUUCGUUGGCACGCUGUAUUUGCUGUUUGGCAAAAAGUCUCACGAGAUAUUCACGCUGAUCGAUCAAAGAACGCGCCAGUACGAUGGCAUUCAUCGCAUCUGGGUCGGGAUGACGCCGGAGGUGCGGCUGAGCCGGGCCGAGUACGUCGAGCAGAUCAUCGGUGCGAGCAAGCACACGGAAAAGGCCACACUGUACCGCUUUCUGGGCGACUGGCUCGGGGAAGGUUUGCUCACGUCCAAAGGCGAACGGUGGUUCCAGCACCGGAAGCUCAUUACGCCCACCUUCCACUUCAACAUACUGGACGGCUUCUGCGAGGUGUUUGCCGAGAAUGGGGCCGUGCUGGUUGAGCGCCUGCAGCGCCACGCCAACACUGGUCAGCCGGUCAACAUCUAUCCCUACGUAACGAAGGCGGCGCUAGAUGUAAUUUGCGAAACGGCAAUGGGUGUGCAGGUGCACGCACAAACGGCCGGCGAAGACAACGCGUACGUGAACGCCGUCUACGAAUUAAGCUCGCUGUUUCUGGAGCGGCUCGUGCGUCCCUGGCUGCACCCGGACUGGACCUUCCGCCGGUCGGCGCUGGGUCGCCGGCAGGCGCAACUCCUUGCGAUACUGCACGGUUACACGCGCAAGGUUAUUCAAGAGAGGCGACGUACAUUGGACCAGCAGCACGCAGGGGAGCGCAAUCGACCGGAGGCAGUGGGUGAUGGUCUGGGACGUCGCAAGCGGUUGGCCUUUCUCGAUCUGCUGCUGCAAAGUGCCACCACGGGCACGGGCAGCCCGUUGCUGACCGAUGAAGAUGUGCGCGAAGAGGUCGAUACGUUCAUGUUCGAGGGCCACGACACGACAACGGCUGGGAUGAGCUGGGCCCUGUUUCUGCUCGCCCUCCAUCCGGAGGUGCAGGAGCGCGUCCAUCAGGAAAUUGAUUCCAUCUUUGGCGGAAGCGACCGACCCGCCACGAUGCAGGACCUGACCGCGAUGCGGCUGCUCGAGCGCUGCCUGAAGGAAACGUUGCGCCUCUACCCGUCCGUCGCGUUCUUCGGCCGCACCACCAGCGAGGAUGUCACGCUCGGCGGGUAUCACGUGCCGGCCGGUACCAUCGUCGGCAUCCACGUGUACAACGUGCACCGGGACGAGCGAUUCUUCCCGGAUGCGGAAACCUUCGUUCCGGAUCGCUUCCUGCCCGAGCGUACCGCGGAAAACCGCCACCCGUACGCGUACAUCCCGUUCAGUGCGGGGCCGAGAAACUGCAUCGGGCAGAAGUUUGCCCUGCUGGAGGAGAAGUGUCUUGUUUCGUCCAUCCUGCGCCGGUUCCGCAUCCGGUCGCACCGGACGCGCGCCGAACAGCUUAUCGUGAAUGAGCUAAUUACCCGACCGAAGGAUGGCAUACUGCUCUAUCUGGAGGAGAGAGAGUGGUGAGCUGGAACGAUCGAUGCAAUUUCGAGAAAGGUGUGGUUUUUCUCUCCCUGCACAAGACGGUCAGGAUUAAAGUGCUUAAUAGAAGCGAGCCUUCACCUUCAUCUGGCCCGGAGCUGUGACAGCUGCAAAGCCGAUAAUCCAAGGUGCAUUAAGCGUAUAAAAUAUUCAACCUUCGCCGCACAUUGCACCGGCGCUGGGGGGACAGUAAAGUUAAUUAUUUCAUUUCUCAAACCAAACCGCCACGAACGGUCAAAAGCAAACACAAACACACACUUACACAGAGCGACGUAUUUCUGUUCCCUCGGGACGAUAAGCGAAAUGGGAGCUACCGGAUGGUGCGCUGGUUUUUGGGUUCCCAGAGAUGGAAGAGGAUGAGGAGGGCCACGUUGGUAUGUUGAUUAUUCAGUCCAAUUCUUAAAUUUGCAUUGCAACCGACUCCCAGAAGGGGGCGGUAGCUGGGAUGUACCCGGCCAGUGGUUUUCUCGCUGGAAGGUGGUAGGUGGGGAACACGGGAAAUUCAUCUGAAAUGCAAACAAAUUGUGAUUGCAAAAGUACGAAACGGUGUGGAGCGAGAGAAAACAGGAGAACAGAAAAAGUACACAAACACACACACACACGCACACACACACAUACAGAGCACAAUAAAAUGGCAACAAUGGAGCACCGUGUUUUCCGGGAGUGGCGAAUGCCGGGAUGGAAGUUUAAAAGUCAAUAUACUGCAGCAACACAGCACUGGGAGAAAGCGUUUGUUUUGAGUUUGGUUUCGGGAGGCAAAAAGUUGGCUUAAAGAGCGAAAGAUAUAUUCCAUACAAGCAAUGGUACCCGGUUUACUGCAUUCUUUCUACUGCAAUGAUUUUUAUUCUGCCAACGAAGAACGAUUGAUUGGUGGAUGAGUAAUUGAGUUUUAGAAAUUGUUUGCAAAUGUUUAGAGCAUUUAUCAAACCGGAUUGCUCAAUCUUUUUUCUGAUAAAACUAACCUAAUUAUCAUCAUAAUUUUAGACAAAAUACGACUAAUGGACUCUAACGCACGACACAUAAUGUAUUGCUGUAAUGCACGUUACAUACAUGCAGGCGUAUAUUUUAAGUUGCUUCAGUAAUUCAAUGUUUUGCGCUCUGUAUACGCUUAAAGAACAAUGCGUUAGUUAUAUUCUUCAAUUUACGGGCAAUUUCACUUCAAAAUGAAACCUUCUCAUAAUUUUUACAUUUUGAAGAGGGUCUUAUUUAAUCCUAAAUACACCCUUCAACGUUUGACAUUCCUUUCGAACAUGCGCUAUAACGAUAAAUUACGUGUCAUAUUUUGUUUCCCGCGAAUUUGGUUGUUUCCCCUCUACAACCAAAGCCCAUUCUGCAUUCGUUCCAAAGCAAGACAGGAGCAAAACAAUACACGCAACAACACCGUGUGGAUGCGGGUGUGGUAACGGCGCUAAGCACAAAUGUCUCAUUUGAAUAUUUCGGCGUAAUUUUGCGAUAAUUUAUCUCACGCUCUGUGAUUCGGUGAUUCGGCUACCAGCGGCGUAGCGUUUGUUGCUAACCCCCGCCGUCAGCGACGCCGAUCAUCAUCAUCAUCAGCAGCAUGAUGCCAGCAGUGCCGCCGGUUGCCGUGCCAUGCUCCUGCAGACACACAUUAUCAUUAAUCUUGCCACGCGUGUCGUAACCGCAUGCCCACAUCACACCGGCAGCGGCGGUGAAAAAAAAAUACAUCGGUGAAAAGGUCGGUGUGCCACGAGCCCGGUGGCAACGGGAAAGCUUUUAACCGGUCACUGAUGUUUUGUGUGAGAAAUUUUCACACCCGGAAUGAAGCCUAGCCCACCCGGAAUCGCAAGCGCGCUGAAGGUGUGAGAGUAUUCCAUUUGACGCAUAAAUAAGGUCGUCGGGAAUAAUGUUGCCUUCCCUUUAGCGCUUUGACGUUUCCCAAGAAUGGCGCAAAAAACAACAUUAAUUUACUUUUAAAUUGCGCGUUCCCUACGGAGAACCUUUUUUCGAUACCUUUUUGUCAUUCCCUCUGACUGAUUUCACGUGUCUUCCUGCUGCUAAGUGAGUUUGAAAAAUGUGCCUUCCGUUGGAUGGUCAUAUUAAUUAAAUCUUUGUGUCCCUGCUCUCACGCAAAGGUGAGGCCAUUAACUGGGAUGGGAAUGUCUAGAAAGGAAAUUGCACGCUAGUGCCUUCGCUAAGACGUCAAACUUGCGUCACAUAAUUUAUCAUUGACGUCUUCUAGUCUAUGUUGCUUUGUCAAGGGAUUUUCAUGUUUUUUUUUUCAAUCUAACAUUUCCGUAUAAUAUAUAACUUGACAUGUUUUCAUUUCAUUAAGUUUUUUCGGUAUAUGACGCAACUUUUGAUUUUCAUACU